UUCUUAGUCAUGAAGAGUGUUUAUUUCGAAGGCUGUGUGUAUUUGUCUCUCUCUUUCUAGCGGCGACUAGUUGCUUACGCGGUGCGUUACAAUUGAGAGACGCUUGAUUAUAAAUUACAAGCGAUGCGAGCACUCAUUAAUACGUGCUUUGUAGCGAUUGUCGGUGUAUGGCGAUGACUUCUAUUCUGCCAAGUAUAAAAGUGAAAGUGUAUUCUGCGUGCAAGUGUGAUUUGGUUUUAUUGAAGUAAAUCAUACUGUGAUAAUAUUAAUUAAUGUACAGUACUAGAGUACUAUCGAAAAAUUGAAACGCCGCUGUUGGUGAAGCCACUUGUCAAUGGGCAAACGUAUUUUACGUAUUUUUUAAAUAAAACCUAAUACCAAUAGUGCCAGUAAUAAGAUAAAUAAAUCAUGUUCUGCUAGACGGAGCGCCAAAUUCGAAUGGACGCCGGUAUCGACCAGUGCAAAUAUUUGUGUAUAAACCAUAAAAUUGUUUAAAAUUAUUAAAUAAUUCAAACUCCUUAGCUGCGCGAAUUUGUAAUUUUGACCAGACAAAAGAUGAAUAGUGACGUGAAAAGCGUUCCAAAAUACGGUUUCAAGGUGAAACUCGAUCACAAAUUUCCCGAGAAAUGGUCGCAGAAUUUGAGGCCGAAUUUCAAACAAACGAUACAGAUGUUACCGCUUGCCUGGAGGUAUCUAUUUUAUUACACUGGCGUAACACGAAACGGUCGGCCUGUAGUAAUGGACUACUGGAAUAUGCGACAUGGCCAGCAAAUAUACGGCGUGCCCAUAGGUGGGCUCGGAUCUGGUACAAUUGGUCGGGGAUUCAGGGGUGAGUUUUGCCGCUACGCGGUACUCCCGGGUCUUUAUAGCUAUCACGUGAUGCCUGCUAAUCAGUUCAUCCUGACUGUAAGGGAUGCCAACGGCAACGUAAUCUGCAACCAAGUCUUGUCGACGAGAACAAAAAGCAAGCAUCUGAGAUCAUGGCGUUGGGGCUUCGACGGUCGCAAAGCCAGUUAUACCGGUCUCUAUCCACGUUCUUGGACGGUCUACGAUAUCGAAGAACUGCAGCUACGGCUUACCUGUCGUCAAAUCUCUCCGGUGAUUCCACAUGACUAUCAGGAUAGCUGCCUGCCGUGCGCCGUGUUUACUUGGGACGUCGUCAACAGCUCGCGACGUGAUCUCCAUGUCUCCAUCACUUUUACUUUUCAAAGCGGAUGCGGCAGCAAGGACGACGCCGAGGGUGAAAAAUGGACGGAGCUAUUUGAGCAUGGCGAUGUCAGAGGUUCGAUGAUUCACCAGGAGUUUCGUGGAAUGCCUUGUACCUAUGCGCUCGGCUCAAAGCCACGUCGUGGUGAAGUACGAGUGACUCGUCAGCUGAGCUUCGAUCCACGCAGUAAUGGUGCUGAUUUGUGGCAGAAGCUGCAGAACGAUGGUCGACUGUUCGAGAACGGUGACGAGGCUAAGUGUUCGAGCAGAAGCAGAAAACCAAUAGCAACGGCAGUAUGUGCCGAUACUCUCGUAAAAGCAGGUAGUAGUGGCGUUUUGGAGUUUUGUCUAGUCUGGGAUAUGCCAAAGAUACAUUUUUACUUCAAGCAAAAGACUUAUCACAGGUAUUACACAAAAUACUUCAGUCCUAAGGAAAAUACGUCGACGGUAGCACCAGAGAUAAGUAGGUACGCAUUAUCGCGUUACGACGACUGGAAUGAAUCAAUAGCUGAAUGGCAGCGUCCAGUACUGGAAGACCCAGAUUUACCGGAAUGGUUUAAGAGUGGCCUCUUCAACGAGCUGUACUUCGUCAGCGACGGCGGCAGCGUUUGGUUGCUCACUGACCAGUCUGACAAUUUAUCCGAUGACGAUCCACGGACAAAGUACGGUCGAUUCGCGUAUCUGGAGGGCCACGAGUACCGCAUGUACAACACGUACGAUGUGCACUUCUACGCGGCCUUCGCUCUUGGCUGCCUGUGGCCGCAGUUGGAGGCAAGUAUACAAUACGAGUUCUGUGAUAGCGUUCACGUGGAGGACCAGCGACGACUUCACGGUCUUUACGACGGUACCAAGCGUCGCAGGAAAGUCAAGGGAAGCGUGCCACAUGAUAUUGGCGAUCCCGGCGAGGAACCAUUCAGCAUGAUCAACGCUUAUCCCAUACAUGACGUAUCCCAGUGGCGUGACCUCAAUCCAAAGUUUAUUCUAAGUUGCUACAGAAUCUACUUUUUCAACAAAGAUUUGAAGCACUUGAAGCAUUUUUGGCCGACGAUCAAGGAGGUGCUGGAGCACAGCUUAACUUUUGAUGUGGAUAACGAUGGUCUCAUUGAGAACGGUGGCUUUCCCGAUCAAACUUACGAUUGUUGGGUGAUGAGUGGCUCAAGCGCGUAUUGCGGUGGUCUGUGGAUCGCUGCUCUCCAGUGUUCUGUAAAAAUGGCUGAGCUCCUUGGCGAACACGAGGAUGCAAAAAAGUACAAGGAGAUAUUGGAUCGUGGCAAGAUAGCUUUUCAGGAAAAACUUUGGAAUGGCAAAUAUUAUAAUUUCGACUGCAGCAAGGACGAGAGUAGAAAAAGCAUCAUGAGCGACCAGCUAUGUGGUCAUUGGCUUUUAAGAGCUUGCGGAUUUACUUACGAGGUGUUUCCGGAAGAGCGAGUGAAGUCAGCACUGUCAACGAUAUUCGAGAACAACGUGAUGAAGUACAAGAAUGGCGAACAGGGUGCAGUGAACGGGUUCUCGACUGAAUCAGACUCGAUCGAUGUUUCAUGCGUUCAGAGCGAGGAGAUGUGGACCGGUGUCGCUUAUGGCUUAGCUGCACUCCUAAUUCAUGAGGGAAUGAUCAAAGAGGGUUUCCACACGGCUGAGGGUGUUUACCGCACAGUCUACGAGAAGAUAGGUAUGGGUUACGAGACCCCGGAAGCUUUGUACGAAGACAAGGUGUACCGUGCAAUAGGCUACAUGAGGCCACUGUCCAUCUGGGCGAUGCACCAUGCCUGGCAAAUGAGGAAGCUCGAAGCGCUCGAUGAAUAAUCAACUUAAUGGAUUCCAAUGAUAUAAAAAAUUAUGUAUUACAAUUUCAAAUACUUUUACUCUUCUAUUUACAUUGACUGUGUUAACAUCGUCCAAAGAUAACAUUUUGUAUACGCUGGCUAAUGGAAAAAGAUGAUAUUAGUAUUUAAUGAAUUGCGCGCACAAUAGUUAUAAUUUUCAUGAUGUUAUAUAUUGCUAUACUCUGCGCAGCAGACAUUAAUUACACACACUCACACACGCAUACACACGCGCGCGCACGCACGCACACGGUUAAUUUUUUGCAUUUGAACUUUUCAACGUUCAGAACAAAUAAAUAUGAAUAGAUUUGCAUAGUGAAAGUACAUUAUUUUUUAUUGGAAAAUUCAUUGGCUCCCUCGUUGGAGCGAGUAGCUAAUGAAAAAAGUUGACAUAUAUCGAUGUCGCGUGAAACAUUAUUAAAACCUCGAAGCAGGUAUCCACGCGAGACUCUAGCAUUAACGAGUGCGCGACUUUGUGCCGCCGAAGCGACAAAUUUGCAUUUAAUUGCGAGCAACGCAAGGGGGAGAGAGAUGAGCGCGAAAUAAAACGGAGAGUACGUACGUACACUUUCGAACGCGCGCAAUAACAAUUGGAAAAUUCGAAGCGUUUGGCGCACUUUCAUAAUCGCGCAAAUUCCCACGCGUAUUCUCUCGCGCGUGGCGAUGAAAAUCGCUUUCCAAUUUGCGCGCGAGUCUGUUGAGAAUUAAGGGUGUACGUACGUGCGAGUUGCUUUUUUCCCUUUCUGUUGUUACAGAUGAUUGCGUUCGCUCAAUAAUUCACGCGUAGCUCUAACACCAAAUCUCACAUUUCUUUUUCUCACCCUCCGAUCGUCGCUGAUUUAUUUCAUUUGUCGUCAUUUUCCUGUCAAUAAUCCCGGAAUGCAAAUGUCAUGGGAUAUUUCAUUCGUACACUACGUUGAGCUUUUCGAUAACGUAUAUAUCUUUUUGCUUGAUUUCAGAUGGAAAGUGAAGGGAGUAUUUGCAUUUUUGACGUUCUAUGAAAUUUUCAUUCCCUUCCCUCAACAAGAAUUCAAUUUUAUUACGUUAUUUUUAGAUAGUAAAAUAUCUCUACUUGGUCCAUUUAUUUUUUAUUUAAAUUUCAAUAAAAUUGAUGAAUUUUCUUGAUAGGCUUAUAGAAAGGACUAGAUGCAUUCAAAAUGUGAAUAUUUUGCUAGUAUAAUUGUUAUUAUAAUUUGAAACUGUAAGAUUAUCGCAUACUUUAACUCAUUAAAACACGGUAUUAAUAGGAAAAAUUCCAAUCAAUUUGAUUGCAAAAAAAUAUUCUUUCGAUAAAUUCAACGCGAUUGCUCGAAAGAUACAAAAAUCAAUUGAAACUCAUCAUUCAAAUUUUUCCCUACAAUCAAGGGGGAAGGGGUGUCGCAUUACAUUAAGUCCUCGUAUCGCCACCACAAAUGUUAUUAAAACGUUCGAGCGUGAGCAAAACGCAUGCAUUAAUGAGAGUGAGGGAGCAAAAAAGAGAGUAGCUGUCUGGUUUGCCAGCCCUCUCUUUUGGUUUUUCUCGUUUUCGCCGGGGCGCGCGCGUACGUAUUAUAAUGAUAUUUCGCAGCUCUCGCACACAAUCGAAUGGGCGCAUUAUUCAUUCUCCGUGCGCGCAUUAUCAUUCAUUACAUUUUUCAGUCGUGUGGAAUAAUGCGCGCGCGUGAACACAUGAGUUACUGGCGAACGGCCAGCUGCAAUAGCCGCCGCGAAUUGCGCACUGACGCGCCAGGAAAUUAAGGAGCCAAGCGCGGAUCAUUUUCACGCCUGCGACUACGACGACGACGAUGACGACGACGACUAUGACUAGUUGUAAAAAGAGAGAGAGACAGAAACUGAGCUUACCUUUAAUGCUUUCAGCUCGUAAAAUGCAAGAUCGACUCUCGCGUGCACACAAAAGAAAAAUGUCGACGUUUUAUUUUCACUCUUUAAUAACCCGUUGGAUUUUCCAUUCGUGCGGUAUCCAGCGCUUAAAGUUAUGCUAUUACGUUAUUGAUCGCAAUUUCUUAGUUAUUGAUAAAACGAAUGAAAAAAAUUCAUUUGAGAAUAUAAAAUUAAAGAUCGAAAUAUACGAUAAACAAUGGAGAGUUGGAGCAAUCGAUAAUAAUCCGUGGUCUUGUUCUCUUUCGUGAAUUUCUUCUUUUUCAACUAUUUAUCGUUGUCUUAUAGUCGCAAGUUUGCCUUGUGGCCAAUAACUUCUAACUUGCUCGUGGAUUAACACACUAGCCAUAUCUUCGUUUUCACCAACACACGAUUUACUCGGCUAGUUGGCCUUCUUUUCCUUUUUCUUUUUUCUCUUUGCCUUUCUUUCUCCAUUCGCAUUCGGCUUCUCUCUGUUCCGUCUGACCAGUUCGCUCGCUUAUCUACUUAAGUGUACGCGCACCGUGAGCUGUUUGCGCACCCUUGCCAAAGUGCAGGAUGUAUGUACGUCCGUAAAGUUUUGUAUCGUGAAUUCAUUUACUAAAAGCUUUGGAUUUCAACUUUCCAAACUAUGUCUGAAUGAAAUGGGACACAAUGUAUUUCAU